AUGCAACUUAUCAAUCCGCUAUAUCGUGCGUCAAGCAAACUCGAGGAGCUCCAGGUCCAGCAAGAGCAUGUUUUACUCUACCAGCAGCACCAGCAACAACUGCGACACCGUCACAAGACACAGAAAAGUGGUCCUGCACCAAAGCCCGUCACGCUACCUGAGAGCGUAUUGCUAGCGCAAGAAGUACUGCAGCUAUUGGAGAAGAAGCUUGGAGCUACGCGGUUUUUAGAGGCGUAUCAAUUCGUGCAGAGGAAAGUGGCGGCACGUCGCGCAGCACGCAAGCUCCAGCGUCAAACUGAAACCGUGUCUGAUCCACAGCGUGCUGCUCAGCGACGGAUGCACAAGAAUGAGCAGAAACGUCGUACGGAACAGAUACGGAAACGAAAACACGCUCUAGUCAAGGGCUCAACAUCAGCAGCAGUGCGUCCGACAAAAAUACUUCGUCCUGGUGCUGAGAUGAUUUGA